CGCGGCACUCUUUUGGUUGUACAGCGAUCUGGCGUAGAAAGGUUGUGGAGCCUCAGUUGAUAUGCUGUUGUUAAAUGGCUUGAUGGGAAGCAGGUGUGCAGUCGGGGAGGAAGCACAGCUGAUUGCAGCAGGACGGCCUUACAUGGACAUGGAGUAAAGCACCUCCUGACGCCUCCUCACUCCCAAACACUCCACCUCCUCUGCCACUAAUGUCCCUCCGACCGAGAGGAGCAGCAAAACGCAGGAGCAGAUAAAGGCAAAUUAGAGAGGGGGUAAGAAAAAAAAAUCAGCAGAAAGAGAAAGAGAGGAAGAAGACAUCCAUAAUCUCCACUUAGAGGCAGGGCGGCCAUUCUGUCUAUCUUGCAACUUCAGGAACCAUCAUCACAAUUUAAUAAGAAUUUGAAAGGCUGCGGUGCUGCAACAAAUCCGUCUUCAGAGGAGAGAGAGGAAGCAGACACAAAGGUUUUAACGCUUUCCUUCCUGGAUUUAUAUAUAUUUUUUGGUACCUUUUUGUCUUAAGUCCCAGCAGCAAUAAACCUGUGACGGCAAUAUCAGAUUGUUAUUAUUCCACACAUGAUCUGCUCGGCUAGGACUGCUGAGAGUUCAAGAAAUUAUGUUUUCCUACCAGGAGAGUCUGUGUUGUGAAGUGGAACAUUUUGUUAUUUAGGAGGACAGGACGUUCGCUUUGCAGGCGGAAAGUUUUGCAAAAGUAUCCAAAAAAGGAAAUAUAUUUCCAUCUGAUUCCUGAGGGUUUUAUUGAAGUGCCUGUUUACCCUGAGGAGCGUCUUGCAGGCCAAGAGGACUUUUCCAGGAAGGCUCUGCACACCUGGAGGAAGUCGGAAACUCGUCAGAAUAAAACACGGACCACUCUCAGAUGCAUCGUCUUUCUCCCUAUUUAAUGCCAUAUUUUUCAUGGCUUGACACCUAACUGACGCCUCCCUCCUCCCCCCUUCCUCCCCCUUCAACAUGUCCGCCCACCUCCUAUCUCGCCACCCAAAGAAGUGAGGCGUUAGCUACCUUCCCUCAGGUUCAUUAGCUCCACUUCAACACAGCAGUCGACUCUCUCCAGGUGGAGCGUGCUGAUGCAAGAUGGCGGCCGGCGUGGCGACGUGGCUGCCGUUCGCUCGGGCGGCGGCGGUGGGAUGGCUCCCGCUCGCCAAGAAGACGAUGCCCAAACCUCCCAUCGACAACUCGUCCAAAUCAGAUGAGAUCCUGUACGUCAACGUGAGCGGGGUCCGGUUCCAGACAUGGAAGAACACUCUGGACCGUUACCCGGAGACGCUGCUGGGCUCUUCAGAAAAAGAGUUUUUCUACAACGAGGACACUCAGGAAUUCUUCUUCGACCGAGACCCCGAAAUGUUCCGGCACAUUCUGAACUUUUACCGCACAGGGAAGCUGCACUACCCGAGGAACGAGUGCAUCCAGGCCUUCGACGAGGAGCUGGCCUUCUACGGCAUCGUGCCCGAGAUCAUCGGGGACUGCUGCAUGGAGGAAUACCGGGACAGGAAAAAGGAGAACCAGGAGCGCCUGGCGGAGGACACGGAGGCCAACGAGGGGGUUGACGCCCCGCUGCCCCCCAACAGCACCUCCAGGGAGCGGCUGUGGCGAGCUUUCGAGAACCCGCACACCUCCACCAUGGCUCUCGUCUUCUACUACGUCACCGGCUUCUUCAUCGCCGUGUCGGUCAUCGCCAACGUGGUGGAGACGGUGCCGUGCCGGCCGCCCUUAGGCAGCGUGAAAGAUCUGCCGUGCGGCGAGAAGUACAAGGUCCCCUUCUUCUGCAUGGACACGGCCUGCGUGCUCAUAUUCACCUUCGAGUAUCUGAUGCGCCUUUUCGCUGCGCCCAGUCGCUGCAAUUUCAUGCGCUCCGUGAUGUCCGUGAUCGACGUGGUGGCCAUCAUGCCGUACUACAUCGGCCUGGUGAUGCCGGAGAACGAGGACGUGAGCGGCGCCUUCGUCACGCUCCGGGUUUUCCGCGUCUUCCGCAUCUUCAAGUUCUCGCGCCACUCGGCGGGCCUGAGGAUUUUGGGCUACACUCUGAAGAGCUGCGCCUCAGAGUUAGGCUUCCUGCUGUUUUCUCUCACCAUGGCCAUCAUCAUCUUCGCCACCGUCAUGUUCUACGCCGAGAAGGGCACCAAGGGCUCCACCUUCACCUCCAUCCCCGCCUCCUUCUGGUACACCAUCGUCACCAUGACCACGCUCGGGUACGGAGACAUGGUUCCUAACACCAUCGCCGGGAAGAUCUUCGGCUCCAUCUGCUCGCUCAGCGGCGUGCUGGUGAUCGCUCUGCCCGUCCCCGUCAUCGUGUCCAACUUCAGCCGGAUCUACCACCAGAACCAGAGGGCGGACAAGAUGAGGGCGCAGCAGAAAGUGCGUAUGGCUCGGAUCCGCAUGGCGAAGAGAGGAACAGCCAACGCCUUCCUCCAGUACAAAGAGGACCGAAACAUCGGGGACCCUGACGGCUGUGUGAAGAACAGAUCAGCGUUCGACCAACAACACAACCACCUGCUGCACUGUCUGGAAAAAACUACGAACCAUGAGUUCACCAACGAGAUGAACUACAGCGAGCUGUGCAUGACGGAGUCGGUGGGCUUUAAGACGAGUCGCAGCACGUCCCUCUCCAGCCACCAGGGGGCGCAGAACAACUCGUCCGGCUGCUGCCCGCGCCGCGCCCGCCGCCGCGCUGCCAUGAGGCUCGCCAACUCCACCGUGUCCGUGAGCCGGGGCAGCGUGCAGGAGCUGGACACGCUGCACCUGAAGACCACCUGCAUACCCCCUCAGACCCGCUCCAGUCUGAACGCCCAGAUGUGCGACAUGAAGCUGAACUGCGGGGAUCCGGACUUCACGGCCGCCAUCAUCAGCAUCCCAACCCCCCCCGCCAACUCCCCCGACGAGAGCCUCCCCCCCUCGCCCGCCCCCAUGCUGGGCAUCCUGAGAAACACCCGGGCCACGGCCUACAUCCAGGACUCCGUCAAGAUCUCCUCCUUAUAACCUCCGACCUCCUUCCUCCUCCGUUAGUAACCCACUCUUCCCUACCUCCUAUUCCCUAAUAACCUCCAUCUGAACCCCUGAUCCUGAACGCAGGGCACUGAGGCGGAGAUCUUGGGGCGAAAUACAGAUACUUUGGGUUUUCUCUCACUUCCUUUUCCCUUUUUUUGUGGAUUAAUGGAGAUAAGCUUGAGAAAAAGUGGUAGAAAAUAAAGGAAAAGACGCAAAACUGGAGCUAGGAAAUCAACUUAAGGGAUGAACUAAUAGGUUUUUUUCUGGAUCCUUCCCUUAUGCAUUUUGCCCCGUCACGCACCCCCUCCCCUGCACAGUGUGGACCCUUUGAAUCUCAUUGCACAAAUCUCGCUGGGGUUCAAACGACAGAAAAGAAGCCAAGACUCCCAAAGAAAACAUUUAGCGUCCCGAAACAUGUGACAUCGGGUCGAUUCUGAGUGCCACUGAACGUAACGCUUUACAAUGGGGAACGAAAUGACCCAAAGGAAGACAAGUUGACGGGUUGGUCUCAGAAACAAAUCUGAAGGACUGUCGGACUAGACUCACCUGUGAUUGGAACAAGACGAUCUGUAGACAACCCAACAACCCUCAGCGGCUCCUUUAGCUACAACUACUUUACUUUGGAUGUUUUAGGUUGCGGGGAAAUACGUGAGAGGAAAACCAAAACACGUACGGAUCGGUGUUUUGGCUUUAUUCCAAGCAGGAUGGUUUCGAAAGACCUUUGAGCCUGAGUGCAAUGACAACAAUACUCAGUUGGACCUCUUAAGCUUGAAAUGUACAGGAUGGAGGUUGAGAAAAAACCCCAAAUAUCUACAAGAAGAGGAUGAAACAUGAAUCCCAAAUCCGAUGGAGUUCAGGAGUAAUGGAUGGUCUCUUCACUGGCUCUGGUUCAGCAGCUGAAGCCCCUUCUGGUCACAUUUUAAGGAGAAGUAAUGAAACUUUGAUCAGAAUCCAGAUGGACGACGGGGGAAGAAACUUGAAAAUGUGUGGAACCAGACGCUGCUAAAAACGCAUGAAUAUCAAACUGAUGUCUGCCGAGCCUUUUCACAUCCCUACACUGAGCUGAUCUGAACUCUAAGAAGCUGAAUCGAGCAAAAACUGAGCAGCGCUGGACUGGGUUUUUCUAAAAAGGGACUUAAGAUUCUGGGCUGGAUUCAUCUGGUCUGAGAUGGACUCGUCUGGUCUGGCUGUAGCUUCUCACUGACGUCCAGACCGGGGAAGCCUUUUACUUUUUCAAAAUAUGCAACAUUACAACAAGCAGGAAAAAUAGCAUCAACAAAUGAACAUAGUAAUACCAAUAAUAAUAAUGUGUGUGUUAUAAAAGAAACUACAGUAAUUAUUGCAGGGAAAGUAAAGCAACGUAGACAUCCUCUUGUUGUUCGAUCUCUUCAGAGAGAACAGGACGAGUUCUCUGCAAUACAUUAAUGCAGCGGGAGAGGAAACAAAACGCCGAAAUAUCCUCAGCGAUGUCAGCCGGUGACGUGCAUUCUGGGUAAAAAAGAGUUGUUUUUAACUUAAUCAUGAAGGUGGUGAAGAUCCAUCUGCAGAAGUUGACAUCAAAGUCACUUAUGUAUUUAUAAUGGGUGCUCCAUCUUGAGCGUCAGCAGUGGAAAGUAACCCCUUAAUAUGAAGAGCUACGCAUGUGAAGUGUGCAAAGACAGGAGCGUUACUUUAGGCGUGCGCCCUCAUACCAAAAUGCAGAUUUCACCCGUAAAAUGCUAAAGUGAUGCCAGAAAACAAUAUUUCUGUUCAUCAAAAAUGGUAUAAUUACUGUCAAAUUGUGUCAAAUAGAGCGUCCAGUAGGUCUGCAGCAGGCUGACACUGAAACUGAUAUUUCUGAGUUUCUUUUACUGUCCUUUUCUCUGUAGAGGAAGUAGAGAAACCGUAACUCGAGAUUUCUUUGAUGUUUGAGGUGCAAUAUAUGACUCAGCGGUUUUAAGACAUGAAGACACUUUUAUUUUCAGCUUCGCUCUAAUGCAGGAGAGUCCAAACUUUAAAGUUAUAAGUUAGCAAAAUCAAUCCAAUGUAGGUCAUUUGUUGGAGCAGGGUAUAUCUCGUGCACAGAAAACAUCAAGUUAAAUGUAUCUAUAUAGCACAUUUAAAACAACCUCAGUGGACCAAAGUGCUUUCCUGUUUUAAAAUAAGACAAUCAGAAAUCAAUAAAAGAUUAAAGACAUCAUUGUACACGGGUAAAGAUAGAUCAAACGAAAAUAAAUACAAUAAACGUUACAGUAUAAAUCAAUUAAAACCAAGAUAGCUUGCUGGGGCUGAACGCCAGAGGAGACAUGGGUUUAGUAUGAAGUAAAGCUACUUUAAAGAGUCCUCUCCUGCUGAUGUUCAGGUGUAUAUCAGUAUGUAGUGUCUCUACUUUAAAGAGUCCUCUCCUGCUGAUG